GGGGACGUAUUCAGUUGUGCUGUUCGCUGACCAAUGUUAAUCGUACUUCAAGACCUGUGGGUUCAAACCAAUGGAGACUCUGAGGCAGCUCGUGCAGACAGACAGUCGGCUACACACCGUGACGGAGGUGGCGUUGGUGGCGUGCCUCUUCGGGGGGCUGGUUCUGGUCCGAACCGUGCGCAGCCGGCGACGCGAGAAGAGGCUGAUUGCCAAACUCCAAAAUCAAAGAGAGCGCAGCCUUCAACAGGCGGAACAACGUGUAAUGAAGUAUAAACAGGCGCAUCCUGUGACAAACUCCGCUUUCAUCUUGAAUCUGUCUUUGUCUGAGUUGACAAACCAGCUUCAAGAAGGUUCAUUGUCUCCAGAAGAGGUCUUUUAUGCAUAUAUGGAUAAGACUCUUGAUGUACAACAAAAACUGAACUGCUGCACUGAAAUUAUUUUGGACAGUUUUGAGCAGUUAAAAGCUAUUGACUCAGGAAAAAAAGGCCUCUUAUAUGGCGUUCCUGUCAGUCUUAAAGAAAAUAUCUUUCUCAAGAACAGUGCGUCUUCUUGUGGAGUGGUCAGAUUUGUACACCAGCCUGCUGAUGAUGACUGUGUGCUGGUGAAAGUGCUGAAGAAGCAAGGAGCAAUUCCUUUUGUGAGAACAAACGUUCCACAGUCUUUAUUAAACUAUGAUUGCAGUAACCAAUUUUAUGGGCAGACUUUGAACCCAUGUAAUCUCCAAAAAACUUCAGGAGGUUCUUCUGGCGGAGAGGCGUCCCUGAUUGCUGGAGGAGGGUCUGUGAUUGGUCUAGGCUCUGACAUUGGAGGUAGUGUUCGGAUCCCUGCAUCGUUUUGUGGCAUUUGUGGGCUAAAGCCAACAUCAGGUCGAUUGAGCUCCAGGGGUCUUAAAUCCAUUUACCGAGGGCAAAAGGCUGUGCUGAGUUCUAUUGGACCAUUGGGAAAGGAUGUGGACAGUUUGGCUCUGUUUAUGAGGGCCAUACUUUGUGAUGACAUGUAUUCCCUGGAUCCAACUGUUCCACCGCUGCCAUUUAAGGAGGAGGUGUACCGAAGCAGGAAACCUCUGAGAAUUGGAUAUUUUGAACAAAUUGAGGAAACACCAGCAUCUCCAUCAAUGAUUCGAGCAGUGCAAGAAGUCAAGGCUUUGUUAGAGCAAGCAGGCCACACUUUGGUGCCUUACAACCCAGUGAAAGUUGAAAUGAAUGAACUAGCAAUAAAAGGGGCCAUAUCAGAUGGAGGCGGCACUUAUGUACAACAAUUGAAAGGAAGUAGGAUUGACCCCACUCUUAGAGCUCAGUUUUUGAUUUACAGAAUUCCAAAUUGGUUGAAGAAAAUAAUUGCCUUCAUCAUUAAACCUUUGUGGCCCUACGGAGGGCAAAUAUUACAAUAUUUCUCUGGAGUUGGAUCUGUUGCUGGUCUUUGGAAGCUGCAUGCUUCAAUAGAGGACUGUGUAAAGGACACAAUAGCAGAGUGGCAACGACUCAAUAUAGAUGUUGUCCUUUGCCCAAUAAUUGGGCCAGCUUUCAACUUCAAUUAUUGUGGCAAGCUCACUUGUAUGGCUUCAUUUUCAAUGAUCUACAAUGUGCUCAACUUUUGCGCCGGUGUUGUGCCUGUUUCCAUUGUGACUGCACAGGACGAGAAAAACCUCUGCCACUUAGCAUCAGGGAGUCUGUUUGAACGGAUUCUAAACAAGGCUGCAAAAGGAGGAGAGGGCCUUCCUGUUGCCGUCCAGUGUGUGGCUCUGCCUUGGCAGGAUGAACUCUGCCUGCGCUUUAUGAAGGAGGUGGAGGAGCUCGUCAAGAAACAGAGGAUAAAUGAACGUUAGGAGUUGGUGAAUGUUUGUGUGCUCAAGAAAGUUAUGUUCAAUUUCAGUUGGCUUGGGAUGCAUGGGUACAUCACCAGAAUCCCAUACAUCCCAAGUGAAAUGUUGAAGUGAUAAUUAAGAACAGUGGGUCUCAUCACAUAUUUGAUAUGUUUAUGUACAGCACACAUUUAAUGUAGAACCAGAUCUACCAAAACUAAUGACACAUGACAUAUUAAUGGGUCCAGAAUGAAAAGUUAACACCAUUAACAUACCAAUUAACAAAUCAAAACCAUGAUCAGAAAUAAACUUAACUCGAAAAAUCUAAUAAUCAAAUUUUGACUGUGCCACAUAACUGCAGCCUAUGUAGGUGGUCUUUCCAUUUCAUUUGUCUUCUGUAUUCCAGAAAUGAAAUAAGGAGGCAAGUGUUACCGCAGACUAGGCAAAGAGCUGAAAUUGAGAGGUAGUUCUUAGCAUUAUAUGUGGCACAUGGAGCAGCUCUGACUGUGCCGCUCAGUCAGGGAGCGCUAAGCUUUUAGCGCCUUCCAUGGUCUUCAGAGAAAACUUGACAUUGUUCCUAAAUCCCUUAGGAUCCCAAACUGAAGUCAUAACAAACGAUAACAAGCUAAAUUCACAUUGCAACCUUUGUCUAUGCUUGGGCUAAAAUAUGUGAACCUUUUUCACUUUAAGAAACAAGUUGACAGUUUACACUGAAAUGAAAACCUUGUCUUCAUUAAUUACUCCAGUCUAUUAAAAAUCUAUAUACAACUGUAUUAAACCAAACAAAAUUUUUGAAUUUCUUUUUUAGAGCAUGAAUUAAUCAAUGAUCAAUGCAUGAACAGAAUAUGUGGCACAUAAAUUACUUGUAAAAGUCAGGUAAUGGAGAGUUGCACUAGUGGAGCCACUAGUACUGUAAUGAUACUGCAGAUCUAACGUGUGGCCCUGGGAUGCCAUGGUGCUUGCUCAUGUAACGUCUCAUUGGUAAGAGCAAAAAACACCUCAUUUACAGAAACCUUAGGCUAUAAGAUCAGGUACUUUAAAAGCCAUCCAAACACAUUGGACCCUGCCUGUGCACUAGCAAAUAAAACACCUUGAGAUUGCUCCAACUAAACUAGG